CCUGGAGAAGAAGUGUCACUGUGACGGAGGCUGAACCAACAUGGCGGCCAUCGUGCGGUUUGUCAACAGAAGCAGCUACAGUUCAGCGAUGGGCCAACAGUUCCUGACGUUCAGCUCCGCAGCGAAGGUCCAAGCAGCUGGAGUCACAGCUAAUUCAGUUCUUCCAAAGAAGGUGAAAAUAGUGGAGGUCGGUCCCAGAGAUGGUCUUCAGAAUGAGAAGACUCUCGUGACCACCGAGACAAAAAUCAAUCUGAUUGACUUGUUGUCAGAGUCGGGACUGCCAGUCAUCGAGGCCACCAGCUUCGUGUCUCCAAAAUGGGUCCCACAGAUGGCCGACCAGGUGGAGGUGAUGAAGGGGAUUUGUAGAAAACCCGGAGUCUCUUAUCCAGUCCUCACCCCCAACCUCAAGGGAUUCCAGACUGCUCUGAAGGCGGGAGCUUCAGAGGUAGCCAUAUUUGGUGCCGCAUCUGAGCUUUUCAGUAAGAAGAACAUCAACUGCUCUGUGGACGAGAGUUUGCAGCGCUUCGCCGAGGUUAUGAAAGCAGCUAAAGAGGCCGGUGUGCCAGUCAGAGGAUACGUGUCGUGUGUUCUUGGAUGUCCGUAUGAAGGCACGGUUUCACCUGAAAAAGUGGCACAUGUAGCAAAGCGUUUGUACUCUAUGGGCUGCUACGAGAUCUCACUGGGUGACACCAUCGGAGUGGGGACUCCAGGUAGCAUGACUCAGAUGUUGGCAGCAGUGACCAAAGAGGUGCCAGUCAGUGCUCUGGCGGUGCAUUGCCACGAUACCUAUGGCCAGGCCCUGGCUAAUAUUUUUGUAGCCUUACAGAUGGGAAUCAGUGUGGUAGAUUCAUCAGUAGCUGGACUGGGUGGCUGUCCCUAUGCCCAGGGUGCUUCUGGGAAUGUUGCAACUGAAGAUGUCGUCUACAUGUUGCAUGGACUUGGCAUUCAAACGGGAGUGGACCUCACCAAGCUAAUGACCGCCGGAGCGUUCAUCUGCCGGAGCCUGAACAGGAAGAGCAACUCCAAAGUGGCACAGGCCAUCUGUAAACUGUAACACAUGUGUGUGUGUCCCCCCCCCCUCUUUAACUUUGAUUUGUCAUCAUAUACCUGAAUGAGAAUAUUAUUCUUUUUAAUAUGUGGAUGGUACUGACCCCAUUUUCUUCUUCCUUAUGUCAAGUCACGGAAUCUCAAAGACUGAAAAUACACCUGUAAUAGAUGAAUUACCUGUUCACGUCUGAAAAGACAGAAGUGUUGUUUUUGAUUUUUGAUUUUUCAUCAUUACUCUGUUCCAACGGUCCCGGGGCAUUGUGCUGGUUGAUGAAAUGUGAAUGAAUUGUGUUAAAAGUAUUUAUUUUUAAUAUACCUGUACAUAUGCGACUACGUUGUGAAAUUUAAAAAUAAACAUUUCAUAAAAGAAAGUGUA